AUGAGCAGGGCGGGUUAUUUGGCUGAGCAACCACAACAGUUGGAUGAUUUUGUGGCGCUGACAGGUCUAAAGGUGGCGUACGCCACGGAGUGCUUUGGGCGCUUUGGUGGCUACGCACCAGCUCUUGCUUCCUUCGCCCAGUCGUAUCCCUUACUGCCGAAGUCGUACUUUGAUCGACGAGAUGCUGUGCGGUUAAAUAUGCUGAAAAUCAAUGAGGAACUGAAGCUUAUUUACAAAAGGGCGAGAGAAAUCAAGGCCCAGUCUGGCAAGAAUGUGAAAGAGGUCUGGGCCUCCUAUUAUAUUGACGCAGAACCAAUAAGGGUAGCACCACCACCUGAUGAGCACGUGCCAAGCACGAAAAAAUUGCAGUAUUGCGAGCCUUCACACUUUACUGGGCCCUUCUUUGACAUGCCACUCUUCUGGAAGGAGGAGGGGGAUUGUCAAUGCCCUCUGUUGAAUUUCGAUAAAAGGAGCCUUGAGUGUAAAAGGUAUGCCCUACGCAAAAGACUGGAACUAUGGGUAAAUAGGGCGUCGGCGUAUCGGCGUCCUGUACACUACGUUGAUAUUGGAAAAGAUGAGGAGGAUGAGACGGUUCGUGUUAUCAUCAAGGAUGCAGACCGCACCUUCUUUCAUCCUGAGCACCGCAAGAAGUUUGUGGCCUUUCUUAAUGCCAUGUAUCAUGAAUUUAAGGUGUACACUCAAGCGAUGGGCUAUCUGGCUGGACUUUGCUUAUUGGCUCUAAAUGAGGAGGAAACGGCGGCUGUGCUUCGAUUUGUCUCCUGUGUGCACCUUCCACCCCAAUGGGCAAUGGAAGCUGUUGGUUUUGUUACGGCUGCGCGAGUUAUAGAAAGCCUUGUAAAGCCUACGUCUUCGAGAUGUAAAUCAACUGAUCCGGAGGUAGGAGCCUCCAUGUACAAGUAUUUCCAAUCCGUCUUAAAUUUUCUUUGUGGCAACACUGUUAAUGUGGAAGAGAUUUUUGGUUUCUUUGAAUUGUUGAUGGGGGACAUUCGAAGUUUGUCAAUUGUUGGUGAUAGUGAAAAAGCGGUAUUCUGA